CACGACACGGCCAAGUAAGGGCGCGGCCUUGAAAGCCCGCGAGGAUAUUCACCAGGCACGAAUUAAUUCUGCUUGUAUAGUUUGUGUUCAUGGCUUGGAAGUACGCCUGAGGAACAACCGAGCCGCGUUUCGUCCGCUUCGCGUUGUUUCGGAUCGCCCCGCUACGCGCAUUACGACAGUGUGUAUCGGCAAAGGUACCCGACAUGCUGAAACAGAUGCUGCGCUGUCAGCGCAUAGCGGGCUCACCUGCUGGCCUCGCUCUCGAACCUGUUGCUGUUCCGCUGCUGGCACGCUUGAGCAGCCGUGUCGCCAGGCCAACUGGAGGCGCCCUCCGCAGCACACAUGCAACUGAUGAGCUGCAGCCGCAGAGGCGCGGCAUCGCCUGCAGCGCGGCCAGCAGCGAGGACCAGGAGGCUCCCGAUGAUGACGGCCAGCAGCGGCGUAUCAAGCGCGAUGCGCUGUUCGCUCGGCUCACGCAGCCGCACGACCCCGACAACGCACUGCUGCGCCUCUGGGAGGCGUGGGCGCGCGACGCGCGCUUCCUGAACGACCGCUUCGCCUUCUUCGACCCUGAAUACACCCGCCAAGACAACGAGCACGAGAAGGAGGGCACGAUGUACAUGCGCAGAGUGGCCAUACGCGACUACGCCUACGCCGUGCCCUCAGCCGAGGCUCUGGACGUGAUUGCGCAGGAGUCGGGGGGCCGGGUGGUGGAGGUGGGUGCCGGCACCGGCUACUGGGCGUGGCUGCUGUCACGGCGCGGCGUGGACGUUGUGGCGGUGGACACAGGCGGGGAGAUGUUCUUCCAGGACUCGCCGGCGGCACGCGAGGCUCUGCCCUUCAUCAUCGGAGCCAAGCGGUACUUCCCAGAAAUGCAGGAGUGCGACGGGCCCGAGUUCCUGGCCCGGCACGGCGGCUGCCCCGACCGCGCGCUGCUGAUGUGCUGGGUGUCGUCGGCUGUGGGCGAGGCCAGCCUGGCUGCCUACCGCGGUGACACGGUGGUGGCUGUGGGGGAGACGGACAUGGGCUGCACGUGGGAGCUGAACACGGAGGAGCACCCCGAGUGGCGGCAGGUGCGCUAUGUGCCGCUGCCCCAGUGGCCCCGUAUCCGCGACGACAUGCGAGUGUACCGGCGCGUGCGGCCGGUGGAUGGGGAGGAGGAGGGGAAGCGGGAGGGGGAGGAGGGAGAGGAGGGGGAGGGGGAGGAGGGGGAGGGGGGGGAGGGGGAGGAGGGAGAGGAGGGGGAGGGGGAGGGAGAGGAGGUGGGGGAGGCUAGCCACCAGGAGCCGCAGCAGAAGCGGCGGCGGCGGCCGUGGCGGCGGCUGCAGUGGCGACGAAGCGUGGAGCGUGUGGUUCCCUGAGUGCAGUGUAAAUGUGUGAGGCGUGCUGCCCGUGUGCGUGCCUCAUUCUGGCAUGCGCUGGCUACCUGGGACAAAACGUUACGGGGCACAAGCUGCGUAAGCCAAGCAAACUGAUUAGUUGCGGAGCUCAUGGGGUCAUGUUACCGGUAUACUGGAUCCUCUUGAGGGAGAUACAGCUACUGAUGUGAUAUGGGCUGAGGAAAGGUGUAGGCGAGAGCGCCGACAGUGUGCGAGCGUACGUGUCGUACACGCUUAGUUGUGUUGCUAUUGCCUGUGGCGCCGAGGGUCGCUUAUUUGCGCUGCCGAUCCGUCAACUGGGUCCCCCCCAUACACGUUCUGUACGGGGGAUUGAGAUUGAGCUCGGGGUUAUGAAGUUACUGAUUAUACGGAAGUGGGGUGGGACUGGGGCGGGCAUGAUCGCGCAGGUGGCUAACGGUGUGCAAGUGAGGGUGCCGCAGCUCCGAACGACACGGACUGGGGGUUCCGGAUGUAACGGAUGUAACGAAUGUUUACC